AUGACUCAUUAUCAAAAUAUUCUUACCGGCCGAUAUGAUUUUGAUUUAAAUGAAACUAUCAAUGAAAGUGAUCGCGGUUUACCUCAGCAAGAUAGGAAUAUUGCUCCAAGUUAUGGAUUAGAUAAUUAUUUUGGUCAGUCAUCACACUUUGAAAUGACGGAAAAUGUUGGAACAUCCUCAAAUUUUCAUGUCUCGCCUGCUUUUGGUGCAGAUGAUUUUCAGGAAAAUAUUACACAAGAUGAACCCAUUGAUCCUGUGAAUAUUGAUGAUCGUGACCUUCCUAAUUAUGGCUCAUCUUCAGCUAGUGAUAGUGAUGAUUUGCCUAAUGCUGAGGAAUCAGGAGAUAAUGUUCCAUUUGAGGCAUCAUCUAGUGAUGAUGAUUUUUCGACUCUCAAUCGAUCGCCAAGACCAAUGUCCAGGAGCCCGUUUCGUAAUCAUGAAAUUCCUUAUCUUGAUCAUCUCCCGGAUGGUUCAGAUAUCUUUGGUGAUACAUAUGAUGAGUAUACAUCACAACGUACGUGGCAUGAACCAGAAGAUUUCAUGAAUGGUGCUAUUUAUAUUGAAAAAGGCAUGUUAUUUAAUUCAAAGAAGCAGUUGCAAAGAGCAGUUAAACUUCUACAUUUGAAAGUAGCAAGGGAGUACUUUGUUAUUAAAUCGACAAAAAAAUCAUGGCGACUUGUUUGCAGGCGUGUAGAACAAGGAUGCCGAUUUAGGUUGACUUCUUUUAUUGAUAAACAUACUAACAUGUGGAAAGUUGGAAGAUACAUUGAAGAACAUACAUGUGAUAUGGGUACAUGUCGCGAAGGACAUUUCAACUUGGAUGUUGAGAUGAUUGCUAACGUCCUCCGUGUUGAUAUAGAAAGAACGCCAAGGUUUCCCAUCAAAGACUGUCAAACAGCCGUUCUUAAAGCAUAUGGCAUUUCGAUAAGUAGAAGAAAAGCCUAUCUUGGUCGCAAGCGGGCUUUUGAAAAAGUCUAUGGUACUUGGGAGGGUUCUUUUGCCGAGUUACCGAGGUUCAUGGAAGCUUUGAAACACUUCAAUCCUGGAACAAUAGUAGAAUGGAAAACAGAGCGGCGUGUCGAUGUCAUUGAACAUGUAUUCAACUAUGUGUUUUGGGCUUUUAAACCAUGCAUUGAUGGGUUUGUGCAUUGUCGUCCUGUUAUAUCGAUCGAUGGAACACAUGUCUAUGGAAAAUAUGAUAUCAAGUUGUUGAUUGCGAUUACAAUAGAUGGUAACGGCUCUAUAUUACCUUUGGCAUUUGCAAUAGUUGCAAAUGAGAGCAUAGAGACAUGGACUUUAUUUUUGGAUCAUUUGCACUUGCACGUUGUCAAGGGUCGUAGAGGGGUCACAUUGAUAUCAGAUAGGCAUCACGGAAUACUCUCAUCCGUGUAUAAUUCUCCGAAUUGGCAGGCUCCAUUUGAGUUUCAUCGUUUUUGUUUAAGACAUUUGAAGGCCAAUUUUCAAAAAAAAUUCAAAAAUAUCACUUUGAACAACCUAUUAUGGGCAGCUGCAAAUCACUGUCAGGAGAAAAUUUUUUUGGAAAAAAUGGAAAUGAUCAAGGAGAUUAGUGCGAAGCAUAUGUGUGGCCAAUGA